AUGUCUGAAAUGCACGAACACGACUAUGACUAUGAGUCACUUCCGGAUAACUCUUCCCUUAGCGUGAACUUGAUAGCGGGAGCACUGGCUGGAAUAGGAGAGCAUACAGUAAUGUAUCCAGCUGAUAGCAUAAAGACACGCAUGCAAAUACUUAAUCCAACACCACAAGCCGUCUACACCGGCGUAGGAAACGCAAUAACUCGCAUCUCUACAACUGAAGGUGUCAGAACAUUAUGGAGGGGAAUAAAUUCAGUUAUCCUGGGAGCAGGCCCCUCUCACGCUCUGUAUUUCGGAACGUACGAGUUUUGUAAAGAUAUUUUUGGAGGCAAUAAGCCAGGUGGACAUCAUCCGAUCGCCGCAGGCAUUGGUCUUUCCACCACAGCUACAGCUGGAGCAUGUGCAACCAUAGCAAGUGAUGCAUUAAUGAAUCCAUUUGAUGUAAUCAAACAACGGAUGCAGAUACACGGCUCGACUCACAGAACAGUAAUGGAGUGUGCACGCACAGUCUACCUUCGUGAAGGACUAAUUGCCUUCUAUAUAUCAUAUCCUACUACCCUCACAAUGACAAUUCCCUUCCAAGCGGUGCAAUUUUCAUCCUAUGAGUAUUUCCGAAAAGUGAUAAAUCCCCGCGGAGACUAUGAUCCCAAAACUCAUGUGAUCGCUGGUGGAUUGGCAGGGGCUAUUGCAGCGGCUGCCACAACUCCACUCGAUGUUGCCAAGACGUUAUUACAGACUAGAGGGACGUCUAAUGACCUACGGGUGAGAAAUUGCAGUGGACUUUUUGAUGCGUUUAGAAUCAUAUAUGAGAAUCAAGGUCUAAAAGGAUUCAUAAGGGGAAUAAGACCAAGAGUAUUGUCACAUAUGCCAAGUACUGCUAUAUGCUGGAGUGUCUAUGAAUACUUCAAAUGGGUUAUUACGGCCCGAGAUAGAGCUCAACUGGCUAGAGCUUAUGAUUAA